AAUACUCACACUUUACAUGCCAAAUGCUAAUUAAAACUAAGUGUUACACAAUAGUACUAUUCUUGUAGUAUUAAUCUAGAAAAUGGAUAUAGCAUUGGAAGAAGAAGUAGUAUUUGAGCCAGCAAGUCCAAGCUCACAAUAUUUGAAUAGUAACAAUUUAUCACUCUCUGUGAUUGCUGUCUUGGAAUCAAAAAUUCCAAUUGAAUAUGAAGAAUCACUUCCCAUAAAUUUACUUAAAGAUGUAUUUGUUCCUAUAAAUCCAAGAUUUUCCUCAAUCAUGGUCACAGGGAAGAGAGGAACAAGGAAAUGGAAGCGAGUCGAAGUGAACUACCAAGACCAUAUUAAAACCCCAAUAUUUCCAACUAAAAAAUCACUGGAUUUCUACGAUGAGUGCUUCUCCACUUAUAUAUCAAACUUAUCUACGCAACAAUUCCCUGAAAAUCGACCACUUUGGGAAAUUCACAUAUUCAAAUACCCAACAAGCAAUGCUGCUGGAAAUGUAAUUUUCAAACUUCAUCACUCUCUUGGAGAUGGAUAUUCUUUAAUGGGAGCUCUUCUUUCUUGUUUGCAAAGAGUUGAUAAUCCUUCACUUCCUUUAACGUUUCCAUCCCGCCAAAAAUCGAAUUUAAAUAAUUCGAAUAAAAAUAGAGGAUUUAUUCGUCAUUUUAAAAUCGUACCUCGAUUUAUUAAGGGAAUUGUGAAUACAGUAUAUGAUUUUGGAUGGAGUACUUUGAAGAGUACUUUAGUGGAAGAUGAUCGAACCGCGCUUCGAUCCGGUGACAUCGGGGUUGAAUUUAGGCCAAUUAUUUUAGCUACCGCAACUUUUUCUCUUGAUAGCCUCAAGCAAAUUAAGACUCGUUUGAAUGUGACAAUAAACGAUGUGAUAACGGGGAUAGUUGUAUAUGGAACAAGAUUAUACAUGGAAGGAGUAAACAAAGAAUCAUGCAAUGGAAAAUGUUGUGCUUUGGUUUUAUUCAACACAAGGGCACUUGGUGGAAGUUACAAAUCAGUUAGUGACAUGAUAAGGCCUAAUUCUGAUAUGCCAUGGGGAAAUCACUUCACUUUUUUGCCUGUCUCAUUACCAAAACUAACUAAUAAUAAAAAUAAUGAUAAUAAAAAUCCUCUUGAGUUUGUUCAGAAAGCUCAUAGAAUUAUCGAGAGGAAAAGGAAUUCUGCUUCAAUUUGGCUUACUAGUAAAUUGCUUGAUUUCUUGAGGACGCUAGGAGGUCCUGAGGCAACAGCUCGAUUUAUUCAUGGAACAUUGAAGAACACGAGCAUGGCAUUGACAAAUCUGAUAGGGCCAGUAGAAGAGAUGGCUUUGGCUAAUCAUCCUGUCAAAGGAUUAUAUUUUGUUGUCACUGGUGCUCCACAGAGUUGUUCAGUGACGAUGGUGAGCUAUGUGGAUAAACUUAGAAUUGCAAUAGUUGUGGAGAAAGAUUUUAUAGAUCCAAACAAGUUAAAAUCUUGUAUUGAAUUUGCUUUUGAUUCCAUUUUCAAGGCUGCAAUCAACUAUUCUAAAGUGAAAAAGUAGGAGCAACUCACAAGCUGGUACAAGUUAUUGUAUGGAAAAAUUACAGUUGAAUACUAUUCGGACAUGUAAUUUACAAAAUAUGUAUCCAAUGUACAAGUAAUAUAUACUUUAUACUAAAAGUAUAUUACUACAUACAUACACAUACCUAUACAAUAUACAAUGCAUACACAGUCAAAGUAUAUUGAUAGUGUAAACUUCGACCAUGUUGAAGAUAAAUUAUGUUGAGCUUUCUAUGUUUUAUCCCACUAGUUGGGUGCUGACUGCUGAAUAUUUGUAUUUUGCAUAGAUGUUGAAUUUAAUUAAGCAAGAUUUUCUCUGCCAAAA